AUAUAUAUUUUCCAGCGAAUUCAGUGUCUGUUUACACUUGCACGCAUUAAAACGGAAUUAAACAACCCGGAAGUCACGAUCGCCCACGCAAAUUAUAUUGCACGGUACAAGCUACUGGGGCACUCAAACCGUGAGCAAAUACCGAUUAUUAUAAUACAUGUAGUUUCGUUUUCAUGUUGGUGAACAUAUAUAUAUAUAUUACACCUAUACUCAAUUUGCCUGGCUGUUGCUCCAUGAAGAGGCGCAUUAAGCGGUAGUGGUGUGUCGUCUAUCUCAUUAUGAUAAUCAUCCAGUACAGUGUCUACGCAUGAUAUUAUGGUGUCUAUGCUCUGUAUAGCUCGCAGCCGUCAUUGAUUCUCACAGUCCAAGAUGAGGAAGCCCAGUUCACAGAGUUCUUCAGCCAGCAACACACAAGAUGACCAGUGUCCUCUGCACCUUGACACCGUUCAGGAUGCCUACAGAUUACCAUGUGGCCAUACAGCUUGUCAGGAAUGUCUCUACGCCAUUGCUACAGCGAGCAGGAAGUUCCGAAGACCACACAUCACCUGCCCUGUAUGCCAGAAGACAUCCAUGUUUGAGCCAGAGCAGAAGGACCUUGAGGAUGCCCAGAUCAGGGCGGAAUCGAGAUGCGAUUUGAGUCGGACACCCUCCAUCAGCGAAGAGCCGCGAAGCAGGUCGAGCAGUUUGAGUAGUUAUGGAGGAAGCCCAUCCAUCUUGCAUCCUACCAGACAUCGGUACUCCAUGGAGAUCAACGAGAGUCUUGAUAUGGAUGCAUCUAAGCUCACCAUCUCAAACGACCCCAUGGUCAACAAACGCGUCACCAUCACACUCAGUCUAUGCGAUCGGGACGGGAAAGUCAUCAUUCCGAACAGUAACGCAUAUAUCAGAGCAACGAUUCUUUUUCCUGAUCAACAGCUAAAGGAAAUUGAACUCUUUCCGUAUCGGCCACAGUCGUUAGGAAACAGGGAUCUAACUCGUUCCUUCGAGAAGGUCUUCAUUCCUCAGAGCGUUGGCAAGUACGAAGUUGAUGUUUCUGUCCCAGGUAACUCAAAGGAACACAUCCUCGCUUUCAUUCUGGUGAAACCAAGUGGCGGAAAAGUAUUCGACUUACGAGGUAUGUCGAAAUUUAAAAACCCUCAUGACAUUUUCCUGACAGGUGGCCAGUACGUCAUCACCGACAAAGGUAAUCACAGAAUAAUCGUAACGGAUCGGGAAGGGGUUGUCCAGAUGGAAUUCGGCUCUACACCACCCAAAGGGCUCAAGAGAAUCGGACCUUUCGCAAUCGCAGGAGAUCCUGGAGCAUAUUAUGUCACCGACGAUGCAAAUAAAUGCGUGCUGCAAUUCGUUCGCACGACAGCCAAACUGCGUCUCUGGGCAAAGGUUGGGCCAUCGCCGACGGGAAUUGCACUUGACAUCGAACACGUCUAUGUUGCGGAUGCGAAGGAAAGCAACGUUCGAGUCUUCAACCGCCACGCACAACAGCUCUACACUAUUGCCUAUCCUGGAAUCCUCGAGGGUGCUGUCAGUUACCCCUGGUUCAUCAAGAUCAACUCUAAAGGUAACCUUGUGAUCUCGGACAGGAACAAUUGCAGGAUCCAAAUCUUUGAUCUUCAAUCAAAGAAGUCUCUUCUUGUAAUCCCAACAGAGUUCGCUGGCAAGAGAUGGCACUGUCGAGGGCUCGCUCUCGAUCGUCUCGAUAACAUCUACGUGACGUGUAGGCGCAGGGAUUCUUGGCGUAUCUGUAGCAAAGAGACCAUCAUGGUGUUCAGCACGACCGGUGACUACCUAGGAAACUUCGGAGAGCUUGGCGAAUUCAAUUAUAUCCGGGGUAUAACCAUCGACGAUGACCAGGCAACGGCUGUGGUUGUAGAUGGAGCCAAUCAUAGAAUCAAAGGGUACCGAUUAUGAGCGUUAUGAGCGUAGGUCCUUUGUGUAGGCUUAACAAUAGGUUGGGGACACCGAGUUAUUUUCCCUUAGAUUAAAAGAGAGGGAGGGAGAGAGAGAAAGACAGAAAGAGAAGAUGAUCAUUAUAACAAAGUGGGGAAAGAAAGGGAGAUGGAAAAAAUUAGACCAUGAGGAGAAAACUACUCUAUAGCAUCACGUACUCGGCCGGCUUCUCCGCUCUCUUGUAUGUCAUACUACCGUGCUCGUGCCCACCCCCCCCCCCCCCCCCUCAUCCUUAUGGCUGAACCCGCUCUAGGCCAUUGCACACAGUGCCAAGGAUAUAGGAAGCAGAAAACUAUAUUACUUUCCGCUUCCAUUUAAAUUGAAAUAGAGAUAUUGUAUGAAUAUAUGCAUGGCAUGAUGUUCUCUCUCUCUCUCUCUCUCUCUCCUACAUUUCUCUCUGUGCCAUAUCAAAUAUAGAGAAUCUGAUAAUCAUGCCAUGUCUCAACUCUCCGCAGUUUUACUUCUCCAACUUCACACUCAUUGCCUUUACAGUUACACAUCCACAUGUAUUUUCAUUUUAUAUCCAGAGUACUAUAAUCUUCUGCCUCGAUUCUAUAAUUACCCUCCAUUUUCCCGGUUAAAGAAAUAUUUUGCAAUACUUCUGUUCGUAACGAGUGUCUAUGAAGUUCAUUUGGAAACUUGAGUUUACAAAUCACUUUCCUGUUUC